GCGAGUCCUUAAGCCUAGAAGAGCUGGAGCUACUUUUUCAUUCUGAUGCAAAACAUCUCUCUUACCAACAUCUACUUUUAUACAAAAAAAAUGAUGGAUUUGGAAAAAGUUGAAUAUUCUCCUGAUGAAGUUUUUACAAACUUCAUCGACAAAGAUAAAACAGUUGAACUAAUUGGCUACGUUGAUCAAAUUUUUGCUCCUAGAGACGUGGGACGCAAAUUAGAAUUUAAAUUAUUCAAGUUUGUGCUCAGCAAUGGUACUAAAAAAGUAUCCUGUGUUGUGUGGAAUGUAGUUGCAAAAUAUGAAGCUGAAAUCAAAAUCAAUCGGAUUCUACACAUUACUGGAGGCAUGUCCAAAAAUUGCCAAGUCUACGUGAAAAAAGAGGAGGGAUUUGUCGCCUUUGAAAUCACAAUUAUGGACAGCACUACAGUAGAUUAUAUAGGUUACCAUAAUUUUCAAGAUGUAAUCAGUACAGAUAAAGCUAUAAUUGUUGAUUUCGAUGACAUUAGUAAUUACCACGGUCAAAUGAUAACUAUAGCUGGCUAUUUGAAACAAACUUUCCGAGUAAUUGAAAGUCGGUUUGGUAAUAUGAGCUAUGGGAGUGCGGCAAUUACAAAUGGCAACUUAAAAAUCAAUAUCGACAUAACAAAUUAUACCCCAUUAGAUUAUAAACUAGGAGCAAGAAUAACGGUUACUGGAGUAUUCACUAAUACAGAUGGGUUGGCGACAAUUCAAUGUAAAGAAAUCUCAUCUAUCGUUCUGGAUGACAAAUCUGCUGCGAUGUCUCAUACAGAGUUAAUGAAAGGCAUCAAAUUUCCCAAAAGAAAAACUCUGGCAUAAUAAAAGUAAAGUAAAGUAAAGUUGUCUUAAGAUUUAAAAAAGUUUGUUUAGUUUUUGUAGUUUAAUAAAAAAAAAA